AUGGAGCAGUACGAAGUUCUAGAGCAGAUUGGGAAAGGUUCUUUUGGUUCUGCUCUUCUCGUGAGGCAUAAGCAUGAAAAGAAGAAGUAUGUCUUGAAGAAGAUCCGUCUUGCUCGUCAAACUGAUAGAACCCGCAGAUCUGCUCACCAGGAGAUGGAGCUUAUUUCCACGGUACAGAAUCCAUUUAUUGUGGAGUACAAAGAUUCAUGGGUUGAACGGGGUUGCUUUGUGUGCAUUGUUAUAGGGUAUUGUGAAGGAGGAGACAUGGCAGAAGCUGUAAAAAAGGCCCAUGGUGUUCAUUUUCCAGAAGAGAAACUUUGUACUUGGUUAGUUCAACUCUUGAUGGCCCUUGAUUACUUGCAUGCCAACCAUAUUCUUCACCGUGAUGUAAAGUGUUCAAAUAUAUUUUUGACAAAAGAUCAAGACAUACGUCUAGGUGAUUUUGGUCUCGCCAAAAUGUUAACUUCUGACGAUCUAGCUUCCUCUGUUGUGGGAACUCCGAGUUAUAUGUGCCCUGAGCUUCUUGCCGAUAUACCGUAUGGUUCUAAGUCAGAUAUUUGGUCUUUAGGGUGCUGUAUAUAUGAAAUGGCUGCUCACAGGCCUGCAUUUAAAGCCUUUGAUAUACAGUCUCUGAUUAACAAAAUAAACAAGUCAAUAGUGGCUCCGCUUCCAACAUUGUACUCUGGUGCAUUUCGAGGUCUUAUUAAAAGCAUGCUGCGGAAGAACCCAGAACUUAGACCAAGUGCUGCAGAGGUGCUUGGUCAUCCCCAUCUUCGACCUUAUGUGCUUAAGAUUCAUCAAAAAUUGAAUAGUCCUCGACGGAAUACUUUCCCAGUUGACUGGUCUCAGUCCAGUUAUAUAACGAAAACAAGAUUCAUGGAGCCAGAAGCUAUUCCUGUACAUACUUUCAGAGAGAAAAGGCGUUCAUACAGCAAUGACAGGACCUUAAAUCCUAGUAUUUCUGGAACCGAACAAGACUCCCCAUGUUCUAGCCUGGGGGUGCAGGAAUUUCCAAGUUGUUUAAAUCAUAAGUUCACUGAAGUAUCUAUUGGAAGUGCCCAUGAAGAUUAUGGUAUCAAAAAGUCAGUGGCGACGAAGUUCACCGUUGUUAAUACUCCAAGAUCGACACCAGCAAAAGUUUCUGCUAAUCCUAGGAGACAGAUUACGCAGUCGAAAAUUUCUCACGUCAGCUCAAAACGUGAUUCACUUCCGGUGUCACAUUCUCCAGCCAGAAAAUCUUCCCAGUCAACACGAAGAGCUUCUCUUCCAUUCUCAACUAGAGCUGCAGCUGUGCAAACCCCAUAUAGAGCCCAUGUAGGUCCCUUGGGAAGCUUGGAGUCCCCAGAUGUUUCUGUGAAUGCCCCACGAAUUGAUAAGAUGGCUGAAUUCCCCUUAGCCUCUUCUGAAGACCCACUCAUUCCUGUCCGUAGAACUUCAUCAACAUCAGCACAAUGCUUCUCUACUACUACCCCAGGCAGCAUCAACCGCUCCAUCACAAAGGACAAGUGCAUGGUCCAAGUUGUUGACAGAACCGUUGCCAAGUCCAGUUUGAUUGAGGUGAGCAAUGGAGCUGCUCGAAAUGGCAGCGAGUCCUCUGAUCAAAAUACUGCCACUGGUGUUUCGAGCCAUUCAUCUUCCGAGUCACGACAGCAGCGGUUUGACACCUCAUCGUUCCAGCAACGCGCAGAGGCAUUGGAAGGGUUGCUUGAGUUCAGUGCACGUCUUCUACAACAGGAAAGGUUCGAAGAGCUUGGGGUGCUGUUGAAGCCAUUCGGACCUGAGAAGGUUUCUCCCAGGGAAACUGCCAUUUGGUUGACCAAGAGCUUCAAAGAGACCGCAACCUAG